AUGGCCUCCAGCAGCGGUAGACGGACGAUGAAGGUGCCCUUGAUACCUCUGGGUAGAGACUCGGUCCUUCUGCCCAAUGUCAACCUGCGAAUCCCGCUCUCCGAUCGCCCAGAUAUCCCGACCCUUCUGACGGCCUUGUUCAGCAGACAUGCAAAGCAGCGACAGAACACUACCCCGAUCCUCGUGGGCUGUAUCCCCAUGAGCUCGCCCUUCCUAUCGAAAGACGGACAACUUCUGUUGAGCGAUGGGGACAAGGAGAGAGCACGGUCGAUAGACGACGAGCCACUCAACCCUGCAGCGGCCGGGGUAAACGACCUGUUCCGAUAUGGCACGAUUGCAAAGGUGGUUGGAGUUCAAGGCAGGGCGAAUGCUGAACCCUUCUUGCUCGUUGAGGGAGCAAAGCGGUUUUCCGUGCAGAAGAUCCUGAAGGAGAAGCCGUUCUUCGAAGCGGAGGUGUUGGUAUACGACGAGCCUGUUCCACAUGCCAUUGACCCGGAAAUUCCUGAACUGUUCCAGCAGCUUAAACAGCUCUCUCGCGAACUCCUAACUGUCCUGAGGCUCGCCUCCGUUUUCUCUGCCUCGUCGAACAUGUCACCCCUGAUUGCUCGACGAUUUGAACUCUUCAUUGCUAAACGGGAUAUAUCACAAGCUGGAGCACUGGCUGACGUUAUUGCUGACCUGAUCGAUGCUGGCUUCGAGGAGAAACUUCGGGUUCUCGCCUCGGUCGAGUUGAAAGAGAGGUUGGAGCGUGUUAUCGAACUACUAACAAAGGAGGUCCAGGGGAUGAGGAACAACAUCAAGGUGACGACAUUCACAACCACCACUUUGCCUGCAAAUAUGGGAGUUGAUAUCAAACAGCUCGAUCCUCGCCAGCGAGAACUCUUUAUUAAACGGGGUAUGCAAAUGAAUAUGCCUGGUGCUCGAGGCAACGGUGGUGGAGAGGACGGAGAAGAGAAAGAACCCAACGAGAUAGACGAACUCCAGCAAAAGCUUCAGGAAGCUCAGUUGAGUCCAGAGGCUCAGAAGGUUGCAGACCGAGAGAUCAAAAGACUUCGCAAGAUGAACCCAGCAAACGCCGAGUACGGAGUUUGCCGCAGCUAUCUAGAAAAUAUUGCGGAGAUUCCCUGGUCUAAGGCCACCGAAGACCAACUAGGCCCGGAAACCCUCACUCGGGCCAGAAAGCAGUUGGACAAUGACCAUUACGGAUUGGAAAAGAUAAAGAAACGCCUUUUAGAAUAUCUUGCUGUUCUAAAGCUGAAGCAAUCUUUGAAUAACGAUGUCGAGUCACAGAUCACUGAACUGUCAAACGAUCUCACUGCAAAGGAUAACGCUACCGAAGAUGACGACGACUCCUCUUCGAUUGCCGAACGCGAUGCUAUUGAAACCAAGCUACAGUUCCUCAAGUCCAAGCGUAUGGUUGAUAAAUCGCCGAUCUUACUUUUGGUUGGCCCUCCUGGGACUGGUAAAACUAGUUUAGCAAAGUCCAUCGCUACAUCCCUUGGCCGCAAAUUCCAUCGCAUCUCCCUAGGUGGUGUCAGAGAUGAGGCUGAAAUCCGCGGUCACCGCAGGACUUACGUUGCAGCCAUGCCUGGACUCAUUGUCAGCGGCCUCAAAAAGGUCGGGGUUUCUAACCCAGUCAUCUUGCUUGACGAAAUUGACAAGGUUGGAGGUGCAAACUUCCAUGGAGACCCAUCGGCUGCCAUGCUGGAAGUCCUUGACCCUGAACAAAAUCACACAUUCUCUGACCAUUAUAUCAAUAUCCCUAUUGACUUGAGCAAGGUGUUGUUUAUAGCCACGGCGAACUCAUUGGAAACUAUUCCUCCACCAUUGCUUGACCGUAUGGAAACAAUAUACCUGUCAGGCUAUACUACCGUCGAGAAGAGACAUAUUGCAAAGCAGCACCUGCUUCCAAAACAAGUUCGAACGAACGGUCUCUCUGAUGGCCAGGUCAAGGUUACGGAUGAGGUCAUGGACAAGAUCAUCACUUCCUAUACUCGUGAAUCGGGAGUACGCAAUCUUGAGCGCGAAAUAGGCGCCGUGUGCCGCUUCAAAGCUGUCCAGUUUGCGGAUGCCAAGGACUCUUCUCAGCUUGAUUCAUAUAACCCUAAUGUGUCUGUCGACGAUCUUGAUGAGAUAUUGGGCGUUGAACGUUUCGAUGAAGAAAUCGCCGAGAAAUUGGCCAGACCAGGCAUAGUUACUGGCCUCGUUGCAUACUCUUCAGGUGGCCAGGGCAGUAUCCUAUUCAUUGAAGUGGCCGACAUGCCCGGAAGCGGAAGUGUUCAACUCACCGGAACACUAGGUGAUGUUCUUAAAGAAUCAGUUGAAGUGGCCCUUACAUGGGUCAAGGCUCACUCAUAUGAACUUGGGCUGACUCAAGAUCCGAAUGAGGAUAUCAUGAAACAUCGCAGCUUGCACGUCCACUGCCCAUCGGGCGCUAUCCCCAAGGAUGGACCGUCUGCCGGCCUUGCCCACACCAUUGCCUUGAUUUCGCUUUUUGCUGGCAAGCCUGUUCCGCCGGAGAUUGCUAUGACUGGUGAAGUUUCUCUCCGCGGGCGUGUAAUGCCCGUUGGAGGAAUCAAGGAGAAGUUGAUCGGUGCUCAUCGAGCGGGAGUCAAGACUGUGCUAUUGCCGCAGCAGAACGUUAAGGAUGUGAGGGAUGUUCCCAAAGAGGUUCAAGACGGCCUCAACAUUGUCUACGUUAUGCAUAUCUGGGAUGCCAUCAAACAGAUUUGGCCAGACGGUCAUUGGCCUGGCGAACAGCGUCAUCCAGUAUUCGAGAGUCGGUUGUAG